CAAAGCUUUCUGUUACUCACAGUCACUGACAUUUGUGACACUACUCGCUUCUACAGCAAUAGUUGUUCUUACCUCAAGAUUGUAUCUCUUUAUCUACAACAUAAUAUAUAAAAGGUGGGCUAGCUAAGCUAAAUUUGAAAGAGACACAUCAACAUAUAUAAUAUUGAUGAAGGCUUAACUUAACAGAGAGAGAAAGGGAAGAGAAGGGCUUUUGUUUUUUCAGCCUAUAUGUAUAAUGAAGCACUCCAAAGUAGAGAGUGAUAAUAAUAAUAAUAAUAAUGAUAAUACUAAUAAUAUUAAUAUUAGUAAUGAUGAUGAAAAGAAACCAGCAAUAGAGCGGUCGAGGAAGAGGAGGAUGAAAGGAAAAGGAGGCCCGGAUAACGCUAAGUGCAUUUUCAUAGGUGUCAGGCAGAGGACAUGGGGAAAAUGGGUGGCCGAAAUCCGAAAGCCAAACCGCGGCGCGCGCCUGUGGCUAGGCACCUUCAACACCGCUACAGAAGCCGCAAGCGCUUACGACGAUGCGGCUUGGAAGCAAUAUGGCCCACUGGCCAAGCUCAACAUGCCUGGCCGCCACCAUCAUUAUCCCCAGUACUCGUCCACCACUACCAGUACGAGUUCUGGGGCAGAGUCUGAGUCAGCAAGCUCUACUGGUGGAGCAGUAGAACCUGCGGAGUCGGAAGACACGGGCAAUAAUUUGAUGGAGGGUUUUAGUUGGCCACAAGUUGCUUUUGGUGAGGAUAACGAUGAUGAGUAUAUGGACCUGAUGAUGAUGGAUAGCAACCCUGAGCUUCUGUUUGUUGGAGAAGAAGAUCUUCAGUGUGUUUUUAGCCAUAUCCAUGGAGAAGAUGGAGCAGCUUGUAAUAUUAGUUUAGAAUAACGAGUCAGCCACGUACGUACAUCAACCUUAGUUGUUUUUUUUUUUCUUUGUUUCCUCGAUUUCUAUAUCUCUGUUUGGUUCAAAGUUUGCGUAGCUAGCUUAGCAUGGUUAAGUUGUACGUACGUUUGGCUUUUUGUUUAUCUAUAUAUUAUAUUAGGAAACAAACUGUGUACUUUAAGUGUUGUUGUUUAAAUUUUCUGGAAACACUAUUAGCAAGUUA